AUGCGACGCCCCUCUCUCGACCUCGCCGACCCGGCACGGAACCUGGAAGAGUCCAUCGGCUCGCCCACCGUCAACUCGCCAGACCCGGGCAUCGACCUCUCCAUGCCUCCGCCCGAGGAAGACAUCGACGCCGUCGGGCAGCACGGCGCCGGCGACGGCGACGACGUCCAGCACAUCUUUGCCCCGCCUCCGCACAUCGCCGCCCGCCUGCACAGGUACAGGCCCACCCAGGCCCGCAGGAAGGACUCGGCCGCCUCGUCGCGCCGCAACUCCAUCUCGUCCGCCCACUCGCGCUCCUCGCACGGCUGCAGCCGCCAGGCGGGGCCCCAGAGCAAGUACGUCGCCCAGCACCUGCGGCGCGCGUCCAUCAUCGAGGACCGCAAGGCCCGCCUCGCUGACCGCGCCGCCCAUGCCGAGAAGGUGCGCCUGCGCGCCGCCCUCGCCAAGGCCGCCGUGCGGGACACCACCGCCAGCGAGGAGCGCGCCCUGGCCGCCGCCCAGGCCCGCGAGACCAAGCUCGCCGAGAUCGCCGCCGCCUGCGCCGAGGAGGUCAAGCGGGCCAAGGCCGUCGCCGAGAGCAUGAAGGAGAGGCGCGAGCAGGAGAUACUCAAGAUGAGGCAGCAGAUGGAGGAGCGCCUCGCCGAGGCCGAGCGCAGGCGCGAGGAGAUCCGCAGCCGCCGGCCCCGGGCCAGAGGCUCCAGCGUCGAGACGGGCAAGAAGCCCAUGGAGGUGGUGCCCGAGGUCCCGGAAGCCAAGGAGCGUGAGGCGUCGCCCGUCAGCGAGGACGUGGCGGCCGAGAGGAUCCAGUGGUGGUGGAGGGCGCAGAGGCGCAAGGAGGCCGUCACCGAGUUCCAGCGCCUCGGCCUGACCAUAGACGGGGUCAGGUCGACGCCGUUCGAGGCGGUCGUGGACCUCCUGGCCCAGGAAAGGGUGCUCCUUGUGACGAGCAAGAUGCUGCGCAUCUGUGGCCUCCAAGAGGGCGACAAGGGCUCGGUGAACGAGAUGGCCGCAGUGCGGACCUUCUUGAGCGCCUUCAUGAUCCUGGGCCACCCGGCCCAGGUGCUGAGCAACAAAGAUUCUCACGGAAAAGGAGAACAGGAGCAGGUUGGAAAAGUUCCGGCAAAGCCACUCGCGAAGGAUGAUCUUGCUAAUCCCCAGUUGCAGGAGCUUGUUGGCAAGGCGCGGGACUUGCUUAUUUGUUUUGAGAACAUUUUGUCGCGUCUGUCCCCUCACAACAGCUACACGGUUCCGCCGGUGCUAAGUGGCUCCCUGGCCGAGUCGUACGCUGCGUUUUACAAUGCUUUCAUUGCCUGGAAGGCAAGAGACUCGAACGCCUUGGUCGACGUCAUGCUGUUGCAGUUUGUCGAGCUCGACGCCAUCUGGCAGACGGUCAAGGACAGCACGGACCCUGCCGUCGGCGAGUCGUACAGGGACAGCAUCAAGGACAACCAGGCCAUGCUCAUGGCCAGGAUCAAGCGCCUUGCGGGCCCCGAGGUCGGUCGGAAGAAGAUCAUCGAGGCCGUCAACAAGGCCCGGAAGGCCAGGGCCCAGAAGAAGCCCAAGGGUGAUACGAAGCCCCGCGAGGCGAACCACACCGUCGAGACGGCUCUCGGCGAGCUCGGCGCUGUGGCGGAAGCGAGGCCAUCUCCAGCGCGUACCCCGUCGCCAGCACCGGAAUCCGAGGAGGAGCCAAUUGUGCAAAUCGAGAUCCACGUCGGAGCGCCCCAUCUCAUGCCGGACAAUCGCGUCAUCGUACAUGAGCUGUCCAUCAAUAGCAAUUACCGGCUUGCUGAAGAGAGUUAUGUGGAAAAGCAGGCCGAGUUCUUGAAGCCUCUCUUCAACAGAAUGAGGGCCACGAUGCACGAGGACCAGUCGCAAGAGCACUUCAUCCUGCAUCUGCAAAUGGUCAGGGCUAUCCGCGACAAGCUGCAGCGUUUUGUCGGGGAGGGCGGGCGCAUGCAUGCCUUCAUCGGCGAGAUGUUCGACACGGACGUGGCUAAACGCCAAUUCCUCACGGGCAGCUUCUCGUACGAGCGGUUCUUCUCCACGGUCAGCCAGCUGCUCCCCAAGCUCUGCGCGCCCGUGCGAGACCCCGAGGUCAAGGAUCUCGUGGAGAACAAGCUCGCCCAGGGCGACCUGGUGGAGCGUCUGGAAGCGCUCAUGAGGUUCAUCGACGUCAUGUCAAGCGACCAUGCCAACUACUCGAUCGCCGUGGCUGCCCCGAGGCUUAUCGCCGAGGCCCCGCGCUACGAAGCCGGGCAGUUCGCCAAGGCCUUGCAGGACGGGGAACAUGACCUCGAGGCCGCCGAAGCGGUCUGGAAAGCGACGAGGACCAAGGUCCUGGCGGAGGCCUCGCGGCGGGACCCCGACAGCGUGAACCACCCAAAGUCGCGCAUCACGCCCGAGCGCAUCUACAACCACAUGCUGGUCGACAUCUUCACGCAGCUCCGCGCGCCGUCCUUGGAGGAGAUGCCCGAGAUGCUCCGGCUCGACCACGCGCGCGCGGUCAAGUUGGGCGCCCUGACGCGGCGCAUCGUCACCACGGCGGCGAUCCUGCUGCAGUGCAAGAACCUCCUCAAGCGAGACGUGCGGGCGCCGUGGAGGCUGGAGGCGAACCGCAUCAUGGCGGUGCUCGAGAACGUCGAGGGGGAGAACCGCGACGGCGCGCCGUCGCAGCAGCUCGUGGAGCCGAUCGUCGAGGGCGCCAUGGCGGCGCUGGAGACGGGGCGGUCGAUGCCGGCGGCGACGCGGCGGCACCUGUCGGCGCUGGUGGGCAAGAUCGCGCUGGCGAGCAGCGAGAUGAUGGCGCUGUCGGGCGGGGAGGACCCGCGCGAGCCGGUGCUGCGGCUGCUGCUGAACCGCGUGCGGGGCCACGUCCUGGCGCGGCUGGCGGCGGCGUCGGCGAGCGAGAAGGUGCGGGCGACGAGCACGGCCGGGGAGAGGCUCGCGGGCCUAGGGCUGGCCGAGUUUGUGGAGCGGAUCCGCGACAUGGUGGACGAGGUUGCGCGCGUGGGCGCCGUGGACCGCGCGGCGCACGGGGUCUGGUGGGAGAAGGUGGCCGAGAGUGUGGAGCGGGACGAGGAAGAGGACGAUGAGGCUGAGGGCGGCAAGGAUGAGGCAUGA